GAAAUACGACAAGAGACAAUCAUUUGACUCCUUUGUCCAAAAAUCCACAUCAAUUCACAUCAAGACAACAAGCUACAAUAAAUCAAAACAACUCAAGUUCAACAUGUACCCCAACGAACGCGGCAUCCGCAACCCGAACGCCCCGGCAGCAGCCGCCGGCGCCAACCCGCCCCACACGUACGGGCAAUCCGCCGCCUCGGGCCCGGCCCCCACAACCGCCGGCCACCACCGGCACGACCUCCUCAACAAGCUGGACCCGCGCGUCGACAGCACCCACGACCAGCAACCCGUCUCCCAGACAGGGCAAAACAUCCCCGAGGGGACCUACGGCCCGCACCGUUCCCGGCUGGCCAACACCCUCGACCCCCGCGUGGACUCGGACCUGGACAGCACGCGCGCCGGCGCCGGCAUGGGCGCGGGCGGCGGCUUGGGCGGCGGCCAACCCGCCCGGAUGAGCGGUACGCAUACCGCUGCCGGGUAUGGCGACAGGGCCGGCGGUGGCGUCGCGGAGGGAACGUACGGUCCGCACGCGACACGCACCGGGAACAUGCUCGACCCGCGGGUUGAUUCGGACCGGGAUCGGCAUGUCGGGCGCGGGGCGGUAGGCGGGGGAGGAGUUUUGGGAGGAAGCAGGGCGCAUCAUGGUGGUGGUGUUGGUGGAGUCGGAGCGCCUGGGGCCGGGAUGGCGACGUCGCAUACGGCUGGCGCUGGCCCGCAUCAAUCGAGCUUGUUGAACAAGCUGGAUCCGAGGGUUGAUAGUAAGACGGGGACGUACAAGGCGGGUGCUGGAGCUCGGGGGCCGGCGUACUAAAGCCUUCGGGGAUUACCAUCACGCAGGAUCAUUGAGUAAAUGGUUGGCCAUUGGGAUUUGGUUGGGGAGUGAAUCAGCAUGAUACCAGAUUGCUUUUCUUAAGGAAGAUAGAUAGAUGAGCUUCGUGAGGGAGAUACUCUUCACUGCUUCCUAGCUAGUUAGAAAAUCUACUCAGUGCACUGUAUCACAGUCCUCGUGUGAGUUGUGCAGUGUGAAAUGUCUUAA